AUGGCCUCCAGUGCGCUCUCGCGCGCGCUGGAGCGCUUCUCCGCUGACCUGCGGGGUCUCACAGCGCGUGUUUCCGACGGCGUGACGAGCCUCAAGCGGGGUGCCGAGUCGAGGCCACACGCUGGAGUCGAUGCCUUUCGAGAAAACCUGGACGAUCUGGAGCAGCAGGCGGCGGACAUUGCUGCGGAGGUGCAACAGCUGGAGCGAUGCACCACCGACGCCGUCUCGUUUGAGGAGCUGCUGGGCCACUGCGUUGAGCUGUACCACAGCAAUCGCGAUGGGAUGACUGCACUGGUGGCGCACCUGGAGCGGUACGGCUACCAGCAGCCCGUGAGCGCGCGGCGGGAGCCGGACGACCCCUGCAGCACGGCGUUGGCAGCUGCCAGUGCGUAUGGCGCAGAUGAGCUGUGCUUUGCAGACGACCUGGACGCCGAAGCCAUGUUGCUGGACAGCCCGCGUGCAGCUGGACAGAAGCAACGCAACGGGCAGCAGCAGGAAACGCAGCCGCAGCAUCACCGGCAUGGCGACAUCAGCACAGCGAGCUCACCAGGGGGCCGCAGGGCGCAUGCGCACGCGCCGCAGCCGUACCGUUCCCUGCCAUCUUCGCCGGUGUCUGCAGGCCUGCUGGCGUCCGGCUAUGUGCCAAGCAGGCUGGGGAUCGGGCAGCCCGGCAGCCCAGCACACGGCACUGGAGCGGCGGCGGCCGCCGCAGCGGCUGCUGCUUUUGCGCUGGGCGGCCCUGCUGGCGGUACCACCGCGUCCAAGGCUGCUGCGCAGCCGCGCGUCUCGAUGGGUGCUGCCAGCUCUUCGUCUCUCACGCCCGAGGGCCUCUCCAUGCUGAGCCCCGGCCUGGCGGACAAGUACGCCUGCCCCUCUUCGGGGGUCCCCAGCGUCGGCGGCGUGCCCAGCGCGCAAGGCGCGCCGUCGAUGGCGUCGGGUGGCAGCGCCGUGCCGUCCAUCAGCCUGUCAGCGCCGCGGCGCUCUACCUGCCGCGACCUGCGGAUGGACUACGGCCGCUGCAGCAGCGACUCCCCAAACCUCCCCAUCUUCGGCAAGACGCCCCGCAGCACCAGCCUGCCGGCCUCAACCGUGUCAGACAUGCCGGAGGCGGAGGCGCUGUCAGUGCCCCCGGCUGGCAGGGCCGGCGGCGGUGGAGACGUCGAGCGGCGCGCAGGGCCACUCGGCAGCGGCGGCAGCGGCGGGAACGGUGGCUGUGCGGGCGCCAGCCCCUUGCCUGAUUCCGCCACCACAGGUGACCUUUACGACCUUCUCAUCCGCAGCAACAUGGGCCUGCCGCUAGCGGAGGGCCUCACGCAGACGCCGCCGGGCGUCCGCGCGGCGGGCCCAGGGGAGAAGCGCGGCGGCGGCGGUGGCCAAGGGCUGGCCAGGCCAACCACCCCCGGCAGCACGCUGCCUGCGGGCUGGCACCAGAACGCGCUCCAGGAGCUGGACUCCCUCUCACUCACACUCAGCCAGAUGAGGCGCAGCCCGUCGCGCGGCCGCCUGGCCGCUGCGGCCGCAGAGGGCGGCGGCCUCUCGCGCGGGGGCGCCGGCGACGAGGGCGAAAGCGAGGGCGAGGCGUGUGAGGAGGAGGAUGUGACUCUCGGGGAGAGGCUGGAGGCGGCGGCCGCGGAGGCGCUCGCGAGCAGCGGCGGCGACGAGCGGGGGUGGGGCGGCGCGGGGGCGGCGGGCGCGUGGGAGACGCGCUCGGGCGGCGACGACGCGGCGGGGCGGCGGCGCAGCCGCGGCAGCCCAGGGGGCGCGGCAUUGUCGCAGCAGUGGGAGGAGGCGUUGUCGCCCGGGAAGGACCAGGACUUCGGGGCCAGGAAGCUCGGGGUGUCGCCGGCCCGGCAGCAACAGAAGGAGCAGCAGCAGCAGCAGCAGCCGCAGGAGGCGCCCGCGACGCCGACGACGCGCGCCGCGCUGCGGCGCCAGCUGCAGGCGCAGCGCGAGGCCGCGGCCGCGGCAGCGCCGGUGGGGCGGGCCGAGUUCUCGUCGCUGCCGGCGUGGUGCAACCGCCAGCUGUGCCUGGAGGAGCUGAACCGCGCACUGGAGGGCAUGGGCGCCGCCGUCGCGGACGGGCGCCCCACGGCGCCCGAGGGCGCGCCGCCCGGCUGCGUGGGGCUGGAGACACUGGAGGCGCUGGGCUUUGACGCGGCCAAGGGCCGCGCCAUCCUCAAUUGCCUCAGCAAGCUGGGGCGCACGCAGCUGCAGCGCGCGGGGGGCGGCGGCGUCGCAUACCGGCUGGUAGCGAGCGGAUAG